AUGGCUACGCUGCAUUUAGUAGUUGUAGGGCUUUCCACUCUAUACAUGUCCUUCCAGUUGCUGGCCCAUAUCGUACCAUGCCUUUCCUUGUCGAUCGUGCAAUCCAACAUCGAUACUGGCAGGGCUAGCCUCGCAAGGCCCAAGAAUGACUUCUCAGUUCGCGAACUCGAGAAAUUAAUGACACCUGAUGGCCUCCCAGCUUUAGAACGCCUCUCGUCAUUUUCCCUCCCUAGCGGGAAGUUGCUGCUGUUGCUAAAUAACUGUAGCACAGCAGACGAACAUGACGCAGCGCUACCUCCCUUUGACGAGCAGAUAUUCUUCGGAUGCGAUGUAAACUUGCAGCAAAUCGACUCGUCGAAUAACUGGCAAAGAUAUGAAAUGCAGCUAAUAGGUUCCACCGACCUCCCAGAAGUACGAGGAGUGGGCUUCUGGGCAGAGGAAGCGAACGGGGAAAUCGACAAAGUGGUGCUUCUUGUUUGGACCGCCAGCUGCAAGACUCAGCAGGAGACUUGUAGGUGUAACAAGGAGGAUGGAUGCAAUAUAUCCUUUGGCAAUAACAGCCAGGCCUCGUGCCUCUCGGCUAUUUAUGGAGGCAAAGUGGCGCCCCAGGGAGCUCGCCUCUGUCAAGGUACAAGCAACACCGAGACCAACGGCGAAUGUUACUACUAUAGCUUAGAAGCCAAGAAUGGCUGGGGAUGUGGUUCUGCUUCUAAAGAACCUGUAAAGAGUGGUAGAUCCUCUGGGUCAAAGGUAACUCCAAGGAACGUCAAUAGCUGGGAGACUACUAGACAAGACAUCUGGAAUCGCCAUGGGGUUCGUCUAGGGUCUGCUAUUGGGGUGCGCUAUGGCACCCUCUUCUUCGCCGAAUUCAAUGGAUAUGGGGAGUUGCAAUAUGUUAGAAGUAUUGCGCAUAAUGUCAUCAUUCCAUAUGGACAGGAACAACGCAAAAUCAUUGCCAGCGGUGAAGCCAGUGGAGCGGAUGGGCUCGUAGAGAAGCAAUACGCUGUUACCUUCGUAAGGGAAAUGUGGAAAUGGAAAACCGGAAGUGUCAUCGUUUCUCCAAAAUGUGAAACGAUUCUUCUAAAUAGCACCGCUAUGCUGGAGGAUUCACAGAUACAAGGAAACGAGUGUGACAGUUGCCUUUACACAUCUGUAUCUGUGCAUCCCGUAACUGGGCAGUGGGCAUCAAUGUGUAUCAGCACAAAACUUCCUAAGAUGGGAAUAUCCAUCAAUGGCUUCCUCGUGGUAGACAGCAACAGCCGUUACCAAUCGGAAACCAAGGGAACCGUCCCACUGGAUGAAUCACUUUCAUACUACAAGGAUGUCGGAGGCAGGCUGCUCCCUACAGAGGGCGGGAGGUGGGUGUUAAUUUGGCGCCAAGAAUCCUGGAAGGUAUCAGAUGUGGAGGGACUAAAUACGACGAGCGCAACUAUAAAGGCAGCUGUGUGGGAGGGAGUCAACGAAACCCUUGAAACUCCAGUUUCCCUGUUCGGUCCUCUACAGGAGCACAGGCUUAUGAACCUAGACGCUGUUUCUCUCUCCCUGCAAAGCGCACUGGUUACCGUAGCGGAUUAUGUGAAUGAAGAAGCAAAUGCCGGUGUUGUUGACUUAUCAAGACUCAGCACAAUAGGGCCCGGUGCUGUGGUGACAGUUGCUGGUGUGCAAGGUGGUGCUUUGUUUGGGCUUAUAUAUGGGCAUCCCUUGCUACGCCUAUCGGAAUCCACUGCAUUGUGGCUGGGUGACGUUAAAGAAAAUACCUCACCUUCUGUUGGUCCAUCGACUCUGCUACCGGACUGGGAGCCUUUCAGCACUUCAAGGGCAGUCAUUAUAUCCAUAAAUCAGGAUGAAGAAGCCUGCCAAGGACAGUGGGAGGCUACCACCUCAACCUGCCCCUCCUCUUGCCUGCAGGAGCAAGGCUUUAGAGAAAGAAAUACCAGCGGUAACUGCCCUUGGGAGCCUCAUGCAUUCCGAAUAGUUCACUGUGAAGGAGGAGACUGCCCAGACUGGAGAGAGGGGGCACUUGUUUUUGCAGGCAAUAAAGCAGCCGAAGCAAACGAACUCUUGGAUAAAGACUUGUCAAGCAUGGUAACGAUGGGACCACAAAUGGACUCCAUUGAACUCCGUUUAGCGGACCCCAUCGACCUCGAGGCUGUGGAGGUAUACGUCCACCGUGCGAAUGUGUCGCUAGUGCUAAGCAUCCAAGAUGUAGAGGAGAACUGCCUGUAUCGUAUCACAAGCGCGUUUAGCGCUCCGCCUCUUGAAAUGGGUGUUGCAGCCUAUCCUUGGGUCACUAGAUAUCUCUCUUUGAAAAGGGUCAGCACACUGCUACUGCAGGCUGCACCUCUCACAUCUUCAGAAGAAGGAAAGUGGGCUGUAGAUAUUCUUGAAAUACGCCUACAGUCAACGCCUUCAUUGCCAUGCGCAGCAGGUGGUUUCUCUGACAUGGAUAAGGGCUGCGAAGUCCCGCUAGAAACUCCUUCGUCCCUGGACAGCUUAGAUUGUGAGGGCGACUGGGAAGAUUGGUCAAUUUGCGACACCAGUUGCACUAGGACACGACGGUUUAGAGUUACCGCUCUUCCAAAGGAAGGAGGUAUACCCUGCGUUACCCAUGAAGUAGAACCGUGCACAGGUGGUGGACUCUGUUCUAUUUCUGGUUCGGCAAAGAAUAUACUAAGGGGUUCUCUGCGCCAGCAGAAGGACUCUGAGAGCUCAACACCAGGCAGCAGCACAAACUGUGCAUCAACGUUAUCAUCGAAGUCGCAGUGUGUUUCCUGUCUAACCACAUACUUGGUGGAAUUCAUUCAAGGAGGCCUGUUGGGUGGUAAAACUGCUGGCUGCGUUGAUUACACUGCUGCACCUCCAUCAACUAUUUCUUCAUCUACAAUGCAUGGUGUUAACAGCUAUUCUGGAUCGGCAACGUAUGGGAAUAGAACCGUACCAACGAGGAAUUCAGUGGUGAGUAAACGGAACAGUGCUUUAUCACAGAAAUUUGGAAAUGGCAUUCAAGCAUUCAGGCAAUCACUGCUGGGUGGAAAUCUUCUCCGCAACGCGAGUGAGGACGAAUCAGACUGCCUCGGUGACAGCGAUACCGGCGCCUGA